AUGGUAUCAGAGCGCCAUCGGAGUUACGCCACAGUAGUCACGGCGGAAACUGAAACCGGUGAUGAGAAUGGUGGUGAUCAAGCUACGUCGUCCGAUCAAAUUCCGAUGAACCCUAGCCCUGUUCAACGCGUGGAAGAGUUCCAUGAUCCUAUGUACUUACACGUAACGGAGAAUCCUAAUCUUGUGCUCGUUUCCCCUCCGCUGUCAGAAGUUAACUAUGCGACUUGGAGUAGGUCAAUGAGAAUUGCACUUGAAGUUAAGAAUACGUAUGGAUUUCUUGAUGGAAGCAUAGUGAGUCCUGGAGAAUCUGAUCCUAGGUUUCCGAUCUGGAGAAGAUGCAACAAUAUCGUAUGUUCAUGGCUUUUUAAAUCUCUCAGUCCUACGAUUGCAGAAGGAGUGUUGUAUUUCGAAGUUGCAACUGAGAUCUGGAGUGUUCUUAGGAGAAGAUACUUUCAGGUCGAUGCUCAUAGAAUUGCAGAACUGCAGAAUGAAAUUUACAGUAAAAUUCAAAAGGAAAAACAGGAAGAUCAGAUUAUUCGUUUCCUGGAAGGACUGAAUGAAGAGUAUGAAAACAUUAAGUCCGGAAUUUUGGUCAUGGAUCCUAUCCCAGUCAUGGAGAAGAACUCAGAUGAUCAAACUGUUGUGGCUGCUGCAACCUCUUUUAACAAAAGGAAGUUCAACAAUAACUCUGGAAAAAGUGUACCUAAGUGUACAUUCUGUGGCAAGCUAGGACACACAAUUGAGAAGUGUUAUAAGAAGCAUGGAUUUCCCCCAGGAUGGAUUCUAGGUUACAAAUCCAAGGAUAAACAGGCUCAGGAUUCUCAGCAGACUUCAACUGCUUCUGUGAAUCAAGUAGGUGAUGUAGGCCUCACUGCUGAACAGUUUCAAAGGCUUGUAACCUUAUUGCAAAAUCAAGGUCAAGGGAGUUAUUCAUCCAAUAAUGCAGUUGUGACCUUGUCUAACACUGGAACCAAUUCAGAUUUCAGAAAGACUACAGAAAAACAUACUGAAGGCAAGUCUAUUCUUAAUCCCCAUGUUAAUACUGUUCUGGAUUCCCUUGAUGUUUGGAUCUUAGAUUCUGGUGCAACAGACCAUAUUACUUGUUCCUUGGACUAUUUUGAAUCUUAUUAUGAUGUUCAUGGGAUAUUAGUGAAGUUACCUAAUGGGGAAACUGUUAAUGUUACACACAUGGGGGACAUUAGGCUUCACAUGGAUAUACUGCUGAAAAAUGUGCUGUUUAUUCCAUCCUUUUCAUUCAAUAUUGUUUCUGCUAGCAAAUUGGUAAGACAAUCACGAUAUGAGAUUAUUAUUGGGGCUGAUUACUGUAAUAUCCAGGGCCAUCUUUGGAUGGUUUUGCUAAAGAGAGAGGAGGAUUGUACCUGA